ACACUCCCUCGCUCCCUCUCUCCCUCUCCCUCUCUCUCUCGCUCGCUCUCUCACUCUGUUUCAUACCUGAACAGCAAACAUUACACCAAGCUUCAGCUCUCUGAGGAGGACGACAACUUUCUCUUAACAUUCAGUCCUUCACUUCUGAUCAUGGAUCUUUAUCCUCCCCCACCGUACUCGGGCCCCGGAGCAGCGUCUCCUCCUGUACAAGUUGUGAAGGACAUGGGGUACCCCGAGCCCCCCAAGUACAGCGCCACAGUGGUUCAGCCUGGACCUGCAUUUAUGCAGCCUGAGCUGGUGGUCCAGCCACCGACAGUCAUCCAGACCCAACCUGGGGUCAUGGUGGUAAACCCUGUGGUUGUUCAACCAGCUCUGACAGAUGUUCCUGCCUCAAUGAUUUGCACUUACUGCCAACAACAAAUCAUCACCGAAACCAAACCCACCAAUGGACUCCUGGUCUGGACUGUUUUUGGAGUCCUUUUAAUAGUCGGAUGCUGGCCGUGCUGUCUGAUUCCCUUCUGUGUGAAUUCCUGUAAAGACGUCCAGCACACGUGCCCCAACUGCAGGAACGUUCUGCACAUUUACAGACGCAUGUGAGAACCCAAAGAACCUAAAGAACGUGACCCAGGACGCCGUCGCUGUGGGUUAUAACAAUAUAAUGAUUUUAGUGUCAUAUUUGGAAAAUGUUUUGCUUUGAUCUGUCAUGCAUCUCCCUCAAAUGCUCUACUUUCUCAUACACAUCUACGGAGCGAGUUCUGAGAAGACGAGUUUCAAAAUUGUGUUUUUAAAACUUUUGUUUAUUUUACUGAUAAAUUUUGAUUCUUCAACAUGUUGUGAAUUUGGCUUUAUAAGGUUCCAGCUUGAAUUUUGUUGCCUCACACCUACAGGGUUGGGGUUCAGUUCCCACCUCUGCCCUGUGUCAGUGUGGGUUUUACAUGUUCUCCACGGGUUCCCUCAAGGUCCCAGUCCAAAGCCAUGCACUGUAGAUGAUUGGCACCUUUAAAUUUUCUCUAGUGUGUCAAUGAGUGUGAAUCUGUACCUUGUGCCUCGAGUCCCCUGAGAUAGACUACAGUUCUACAGUAGACUACAGAAAAUGGACGUAUGGAUGAAAGUUCUGAUAAACUUCUAAUACCUUCUAAUUAAAUCACCAAAUUAACGAUAUCUUCUGAGGAGAAAUGAACAGAUAUGAAGCUUCAGCUUCAGUAAUUCUUAAAUGAAGGAAUAAAAAGUGUAGAAUAUUUUUUUUCCCCAAAAGUCGUUUUUGCACAUUUUACCACCGAAGCUUUGAAACAGAACCUUAUAACGCUGAGUGAAUGGAGUUUGUAUGUAAUAUGUGUAUCUGUAAUAUAGAAAUCUAAAUGACAUGUAAUCUGUGUUGAAAUAUUUAUCCGAAUGUCUGUGAUCUGUAUUUAAGCUACAGUACAGCAGUAACUGUUUACUGUCAGUUACUGGUCUGUACUUCUACUGUCACUGUACCUUUGUUUAUUAGUGUGAUGUUAGAGACUGAUGAAGGAGAUCAGGGACGUAGUGGAGUAACAGCUGGAGUUUAAAGUUCUUUACAACUUCAUCUGUGAUCAUUUGCUUCUUCACUGUCUGCCUGCACAUUUGCAUAUAUUUACUAUUUAAAGUUGUAUUUUUCUCCAUAUUUGUCAUCAGAUACUUCCUUGUUUCUGGUUCAUUUGUGAUCUCUGAUGUAAACAAACUCUGGAUGAGAUGCACUCUAAUAAAGUAUUAUCGAAAUGUG